UUUAAGGAAGGCUUAGACCAUGGCAUGUUAUCUGGGGGAGGAGGUGCGAGGAACAGCAGUAGCAGCAACUGGAAGGGACGGCGCGAAGCCCCCAGUGCGUGCAUCCUGUCGGCAUGGGGAGGGUGGCACGGGGAGAGGCUGAGAAUGGAGAGGGAGGAAUGAGAACCAUGGUCUUUAAAGGAAAAACAACAGGAAACUAGGUUUGAAAAUAGAAAGAUUAUGCUGGAGGGGGUGGGAGAGACAAGAAAAGUAGGUGAAGAAAGAAGAGGGGAAAAGGCAGAGAGGCAGCGGGGAAGACAGAAAGUGACACAGAAAGGGGGUGGAGAAAAAGAGAGGAAGAGAGAGAGAACCAUAUUAAAGGAAUAAAACCAAGCAAGUGAGAAGAACAAGGAGUCCAACUCAACUACAGAAAGGAAAAGUGCUAAAGCAAGGAAAGGAGACAGAAGACAAGAUACUGGAAAUCAGAAUGAAGCCAUAUGCUAAUUUCUUCAGAAUGCAGUAACUGCACCAAAGCCAUUUCAGAAGACAAGACAGACCCGCAGAUUCACCAGUGCAGACAAAGAGGAGUCAGAAGGACUGGCUGAUUUUCUGUGUUACUGCUCCUCCGGUUCUGGGCUGGCAGCAGAUGAAAGCUUCAGCACACUCUGAGCAGCCACCAGGAUCUACAUCAGCACGAUUGCAGCAUGCCUGCCAAAGCCGGGAAGAGCCAAAGCCCAUCCUUUGCCUCCUGAGGCUGUGUCCAAUUCUCCCUUCAAGACUUCUCACCCCUCCUGGUGAGCAGAAAUGGGAGACUGGAGUUUCCUGGGCGAGUUCCUCGAGGAGGUCCACAAACACUCCACAGUGGUGGGGAAAGUCUGGCUAACCGUACUCUUCAUCUUCCGGAUGCUGGUGCUGGGUACAGCAGCUGAGUCCUCCUGGGGGGAUGAGCAGUCUGACUUCAUGUGCGACACCCAGCAGCCUGGCUGCGAGAACGUCUGCUACGACAAGGCUUUCCCUAUCUCCCAUGUCCGGUUUUGGGUCCUCCAGAUCAUCUUUGUCUCCACCCCAUCUCUGGUUUAUAUGGGCCACGCGAUGCACACGGUGCGCAUGGAGGAGAAGAGGAAGAUGAAGGAGGCAGAAAUAGAGGCUCAGGAGAUGAAAAAUAACGGUGACACAUACUACCAGCAGAAGUGCCCCGCGGCAGAGAAGGCUGAGCUGUCUUGCUGGGAUGAAUCAGGAGGCAAAAUCAUACUCAGGGGCAGUCUGCUGAACACCUACGUCUACAGCAUUUUGAUUCGCACUGCCAUGGAAGUGGCCUUCAUUGUGGGACAGUACAUCUUGUACGGGAUCUUCCUGGAGACCCUAUAUAUCUGCCAGCGGGCACCUUGCCCCCAUCCCGUCAACUGUUACGUUUCCCGUCCCACAGAGAAGAACGUGUUCAUCGUCUUCAUGCUGGCUGUGGCAGUGCUCUCUCUAUUCCUCAGUCUGGCUGAGCUGUACCACUUGGGCUGGAAGAAAGCCAAAGAGAGGUGCUCCCGGUCUUACAAACCCAGCCCCAGCACAGCCCCCGGCAGAUUGGAGUCCGCCCCACAAGUGGAAAGGGCCCAGAUGUACACUCCUCCACCAGAUUUUAACCAGUGCUUGUCAAGUCCCAACGGGAAGUUCAUUAGCCCCUUCAGCAACAAGAUGGCCUCCCAGCAGAACACUGCCAACUUUGCCACUGAGAGGGUCCAUGGCCAGGAGGAUGCUGCUGGUGAAGGGCCCUUCAUUAAGUCCAGCUACACGGAGAGUCCCGAGGUGGCCAACGAAUGUGCAGCACCCGCCUUCCCCGAGAACUACUUCAACGAGAAACGCCGGUUCAGCAAGACCAGCCGUGCCAGCAGCAAGGCGAGGUCGGAUGAUUUGUCUGUGUGACCUGUCUCCAGGAGGGAUGAGGAGAAGAAGCAGUCUCAGCGCUUAGUAAAACUUCUGCAAAGUGGAGUCCAGACUCUUACCACUAACCUCUCUCUGUUUUAACACCUUCUUGUUUCUUUACAGUGAACAUCAUUGUUACAUUGCAGAAAGCACCUCUCACAGCUUAAGGCAGGGGUAGCCACUGGGAGACAUGCACUGAAGAGGGGCACCAAUCUCGAGAUGUGAAGCUCUUGGCCAUAUUUUCAUCAUGGGACCUACAGGGAUUGGAGACUCGCCAUCCUUAGCCUGGUAGAGCACGGGCCAGCAGAUUCCUGAGGCUGCCCAGCAGAUAUCCACUGUGACACUGUAUUCAACAGACUCACUGGACCUCAACCCCCUUGCAUCUUAUUUGGUGUCUAUUCAACAUUUGCUGCAUCAGCUUGGCAAUUAUACUGAGCUGAAGCUUCUCUCACCUGCAGGGAGUAGAAACUCACCAGUAGGCUUUCUGAAAGAAAGACUUUCUCGUCUGCUUUGUUCUCAUUCUUUCUAACCUUCCCUUUCUCUACCUGAACCCAGAUAUUUUAUACCAGUUUACCUAUACGAAAAACCCUACUUGAAUUUUUUGACACUGUGUAUAUAACUCUUCCCCAUAGAUAAGGAUGUCUGUGGUCCCCCAUGCACAGCUGCCUCAUGUCAAACGUUGGAAUCCCUUCCUCAUUCCUAAGUCAGUGCACCAGACUGGCCCUGGGGCCCGGGGAUAUCACUUAGAUGACCAGUUGAUGAAGACUAGGGAAUUUUCCCAAGAUAAUUACAUCAUCAGUUCUAAGAAGACAUCCGUUAACAGAAAUAGAGACUCUCCUGUGAGGACAAAUAUCCUACCAGUAAAAAAGGAGGAAUUACCAUCUGGAAUCAAAGUGAUUUUUCCCCUUUUCAAACUCAUCUUUCAAGCAACAUGAAUGCUGCUGAAAGGAUGCUGCCAGCUGCCAACUUGAGAGAAAAAGCAUCCUCUGUUUAUCUGCAGAAGAGGUACGGCCUGUGUCUUUUCUCACUAACCUACCAAAACACUUCAGCAUCUUUUGCAAGGAGUCCUCUCCAGGUCCUGCACAUCAUUCAGCUCUUGGCUGCUCUCUCAAGACUGCCAGCCAGUGCAAGCCAAGAUAUUUGCCCUCACAGCAAGCCCCUGUUCUGCCAUCAGGUCAUCUUCAUCUCCACUCCAUCCCUAAUGCAUAUGGCAUAAGAAACCACCCAUGGACCCGCUCUUUCCACCACUGUAGCCUCUCAGAGCAGCCAUUGAGGCCCAACACUGCACAAUGAGUCUGGUGGGCGAGGUCUGUAGACAGCUCCCACUCCAGAUGCAUUCUCUCACUGCAGAGCUGACAUGCCUCUUUUAAAGAGAAUUGCUAAACAGAGCUAAGCAGCUCCUUGUUGUUUACCCUGCACUACCCUUUCAGACACAGGCCACAGCUUCCCAACGUUGGACUGCGUGAAGGAAUGGCCUGGGACCAGCUUAUGAGGGGACUGAGCCAUUCCCUCUCUUAGGGGCCGCUGAAAGGGACUGUGAAUCCUUGCUCCCGAUACAUAGUUAGCUUUGGUACAGUUCCUUGUACAUAUACAUACAUACAUACUUACACACAGAGGGGGGGGAAACCAUUUUUUUGUUUGUAAGGUGUUUUACAUAUGUGUAUUUUUUAAUCCUGAAAAGACCUGCGUGCUCUCCUUAACAUGAGAUUUUAGUCAACCAUGCCUAGGUUUCUCCUAAUAAAGUUCUAACUCCA